AUGCCAAACACGAAUUGGCUGUGGUUCAGAGUAUUCGCCAAUCUCGGGCUCAAGAAAAACGGAGGCCAGUUCUCCCAGCAGCGACUGGAUAGCGACAUCGAGCACCUAAACACCUUCUACCGCGGUGACGGCUGGUCAAACGAUGGCCCGGAGCACAUCCACCAGAUGGACUACUACUCUUCCAGCUUCGCGAUUCAUUAUCUCCAGCUACUGUACGCCAAGCUCGCUGGGGAUGACGAGCCAGAGAGGGCAGCCGGGUUCAAGAAGCGCGCCCAAGCCGCCGCUCUCGAUCUAGUCCACUACUUUGACGAAGAGGGCCGAGCGAUCCCAUUCGGUCGGAGUGUUGGAUACCGUUUCGCCAUGUGCUCCUUCUGGGGCGCGCUGGCCUACGCAGACGUUGAGCUCCCAAAGCCUUUGACUUGGGGAAUGGUCAAGGGUAUCGUGCUGCGUCACCUCCGGUGGUGGCAGACACAGCCCAACAUCUGGAGCCCAUCUGGAACCCUGACCAUCGGGUACUCGUACCCGAACAUGUACAUGGCUGAGAACUACAACAGCCCUGGGAGUCCGUACUGGGCAUGCCUCGCAUUUAUCUGCCUUGCCGUUCCGGAGACUCAUCCAUUCUGGACGUCCAGGGAGGAAUCCCAAUGGGACGCUAUUCCGAGGUCGCCCAAGCCCCUGAAGCAGCCGGGUCAUAUCAUGACAAACCUGGGCGGCCAUUGCAUGCUCCUGUCAUCAGGACAGGCAUGCGGUUAUCCUAUGAAGGGCACACACGCGAAAUACGGCUGCUUCGCCUAUAGCAGUUCCUAUGGUUACUCAGCUCCACCUGGUCUCUUCACUCUGGAGCAGUACGCGCUAUCGUCCCAGCUUGGACUGUCCGACGAUGGCGGGGAGUACUGGAAGACCCGGAGGAUAUCCGAGUAUGCAGGCAUCGAGGACCAAGAGGGGAAACCGGUACUCGUAUCCGUGUGGCGCCCCUUCAAGGACGUCAAGAUCAAGACGUAUCUCAUCCCAUCCGAGGAGGCCACGCCAAACUGGCACCUCCGCGUCCAUCACAUCGAGGCCGGGCGCGAGGUCAUGACGGCGGACGGCUCGUUCGCGAUCUGCAACGAACGCACACCCGACGGCCGGUUCCUGGACCUGUACGACGCGGAGAAGCUAGAGGGGACGCGGCCCAAGCUCAUCGGUAACUACGACGUGAACACGCCCGAGGCAUGGUCGACCGGGGCGGACGGUGCGUUCGCGGUGUCAAAGGGCGCGGUCGGCAUCCGGGCCCUGGAGGGCGAGGGCGUGGGCCGCAUGGCGACGCUGGUCAACGCCGACCCGAACUCGAACUUGGUUGAGAGCCGUACCGUCAUCCCGACGCUGCAGCACACGAUCAAGGCGGGGACUUCGGUGUGGUAUGUCUCGGCCGUUUAUGCCAGGCCCUCUGGCAAGACUGUGCCGAAGGAGACAUACUUGAAUGGAUGGGACAAUUUACCUGCCAUUCCUGGCUGGUUGAAGGUCGAGAUUGGCAAGUAG